AUGAUCCGACAGCGGCGGUUAACCAGCAAAAUGUUUAGAAUCGACUCGGGCGUGGCAUUGAAUGUUGACGCUGGAUUCGGGCGAUGCCGUACCUCCUGCGCGUGGAGGACGUCAGUUGCCCACUACGACGUUGGCGUAGCGCACGCCGCUUCACACGCCCGCUCCGUGCCACACGUGCCGAAAAUACCGUCUCGUGCCGUGCUAUCGGACGGUCUUUCGAGAAGACCGCUCAGUGGAUAG